UAGUGGAUGAAGACCAUACCCUCAAACACAGGGAACGAGCCGGGUGCUAUCUCGCUUGUUUUUCCAGCCAUUCUAAUCGAGAUCAGGGGAAGAGUCGGGUUUUUCAGUCAUAGUUGAAGCACAUUUUCAAUCUAUCUUUGUAUCGAAGAUAUUACCGGGAUUUGAGUAGCUUUAAAAAUCGAACAGUGACGUGAAAAAAGAAAGUAGUGCAAAAUGAUCCGCCUGCCAGCUAUCACUAGCCUACUGGCCCGACAUCAAAAACUCGCUUCAACAGCCGCAUGCCUUCAUACCACACCAUCAACCCGAUCCAAGGACUACCUCAUCGACUCCCCAUCCUACUCGUUUCUCAAGGACAUCGGUUUGGAACGGACCAACCUCGGAGUGUACAAUGGAAGCUGGUCAGCUUCAGGGACCACUGUGAAAUCUAUUGACCCUGGUUCUGGUCAAGUGAUCGCUGAAGUAAAACAGGCCACACCAGCUGAAAUGCAGGAAUGUAUUAAGACGGGGGUGGAGGCCUAUAAUACUUGGUGUGAGGUUCCUGCCCCAGUGAGAGGUGAAAUCAUUCGUCAAAUUGGAGAGGAAUUACGCAAGUAUAAAGAGCCACUCGGGAAGUUAGUCAGUUUGGAGGUGGGAAAACCUGUUUCCGAGGGAUUGGGAGAAGUUCAGGAAUUCAUCGAUAUUUGUGAUUAUGCGGUGGGACUGUCACGAAUUUACGCAGGACAGGUCAUCAGUUCGGAGCGAAAGAAGCACACUAUUCUUGAAGCGUGGCGUCCACUUGGUUUGGUCGGUGUAAUUUCAGCUUAUAAUUUCCCGAAUGCGGUUUUUGGAUGGAACGCUGCAAUUGCAAUGGCUGUUGGAAAUAGCGUACUAUGGAAAGGAGCAUCAUCAACAGGACUCGUAUCUAUUGCGACCACUAAAGUUAUUUCCGAAGUAUUCAAAAGAAACGACUUGCCUCCUAUAGCAAUAUUAUGCCAAGGAGGGGCUGAUGUUGGAUCUGUUCUAGUUCAAGACAACCGUGUCAAAUUGGUAUCCUUUACUGGAAGCUGUGCCACUGGUCGAGAAGUUGGCAUUGAAGUCCAAAAAAGGUUUGGUAAAAGUAUCCUUGAGCUAGGAGGCAACAAUGCCAUGAUUGUGAACGAUGACGCAAACGUUGAGAUGGCCUUGGAGGCUGCGCUUUUCGGCAGUAUUGGUACCUCAGGACAACGAUGUACUACAACUCGUCGGAUAAUUGUCCAUGAAAAGAUCUACGAUAAAUUCCUUACCACCCUUAAGGACCGAUAUAAGUUGGUUAUGAAAAGGGUUGGUCACCAAUUGGAGCCCAAUACCCUCAUCGGCCCAGUUCACUCUCAAGCAACCAUUAGCAGCUACAAAGAAACCCUGGAAGAGGUAAAGCAGCUGGGCGGCAAAAUCGAAUUCGGCGGUAAUGUGAUAGACCGUCCAGGAUUCUUUGUUGAACCUACCAUAGUAUCCAAUCUGCCCCACAACUCUCCAGUGGUCCAUAAAGAGACAUUUGCUCCAAUAGUUUACGUCCUCAAAUCGAAAUCCCUCGAAGAAGCAAUCGAAUGGAAUAACGAAGUAGAACAAGGACUAUCGUCAUCCGUAUUCACCCAAGAUAUCAACAAAGCCUUCCAGUGGAUCGGUGCUAAGGGUUCCGAUUGUGGUAUUGUCAACAUCAACACAACAACGAAUGGAGCUGAAAUUGGCGGAGCAUUUGGUGGUGAGAAGCAGACCGGCGGUGGUCGGGAAUCAGGAUCUGAUGCAUGGAAACAGUAUUGCAAACGUGCCACUAUUACUGUCAAUCACUCAGGAGAAUUGGCUCGGGCACAAGGAGUUGUUUUUGAAGUCUGAUUAAGUCCGUCAUUUAUAUUUGUUGAAUAAACCGUUUAUAUUCAUAAA